AUGCAAGUGCCGGUUCUCGGCUGCACUUUCCUCACGCUGUCAGAUCGUGAGGAAAGUACUGCCGAGAACCGGCAGUUGUCACAGCGGGGAUCGGCACCGAUCAUCAGGACACUGAUGAUCAGUACCCUGAUGAUCGGUGCCCAGCAGUGCCACCCGCAAGUUCCGCCCACCUGUGCCCAGCAAUCACCCACCUGUGCCCAGCAGUGCACCCACCUGUGCCCAGCAGUGCACCCACCUGUGCCACUCUGCAGUGUCACACACCUGUGCCCAGAAGUGCCACCCACCUGUGCCCACCCACCUGUGCCCACCAGUGCCACCUACCUGUGCCCA